AUGUGUUCUUGUUCUUCUCUCACAAUCGCAUUGGUCAUUCUACUCGCCCUCGCACCAGUAGUCAGCCCUCAGCAAUGGAACCAAUGGACGCCGCAGCAGAUUCAAGCAUACCGCCAACAGCAAUAUUAUAACUGGUACUGGCAGCAGCAGCAACUUUUGAGACAGCAGCAAGUCGCCCAGCAGACGACGACUCAUGCUCCGCAAUCCACACCUCAUCCGUGGUUUCCAUACGCGCAAACAGAUGAAAAAGGAAGUGUAUGGGUUGGAAAUGACAACGCGAAAAUUCUGCUGAUCUCCAGAACCUCAUUCCCUUAA